GCUGGCUCUUUUUUCAUCAUCCAUAAAGUGAAAGGCAACGCAUAGAAGAGCCAUCACUCACAAACAAAGAAAAGGCGAAAAAAAAAAAAAGUUCUCCAAAAACAUUCUUCUCUUUGGCCUUUACUCAACAAAACCCACACACAUCUCUCUCUCUCUCUCUCUGGCUUUCUCUUUGUCGGAAGUCAUGGACGCUACGAAGUGGACACAGGUUUCGAGGUCGGAAAGAAACUACUAGAGAUAUAUUUAUAGCUCACGGCACUUUCUUCUCAGCCUUUUCAUGUGAUUAAUCAUUAACUACCUUUGUGAGAAACUAAUGGAGAUAUUAGUAGAAAGUCAUGAUUUGUUAUUUACCCUUUGUUCUUGGUGUUCAUCUCUUUCCAAUUUCCACGAAUCCUAUAUAUACAUAGUUCUAUCGAAUAUCAAAUCAGGAAAAUCUAAUGUGCAUGUUUCAAUUCUCUGUUUAAUUAGUGCUUAAAAUUGCUAAGCAUAGUGCGAAUUAACCAUAUGUUUUAAUUAGCUUAUUAUUUAACUUAUGAGUCAUUUAUGGUCUAUACAUAAUUACACAUAUACAUAAAUUAGGCUCUACUUAACUCUUUAAAUUUCACUUUUUUUUAGGGUUUUCAAGAACUGAUGAAUGUAAAACCAAUGGAGCAGAUCAUGAUUCCUAAUAACAACACACAUCAAUCAAACACCACAUCCAAUGCAAGGCCAAACACCAUUCUCACAUCUAACGGUGUCUCAUCCGCUGGAGCAACCGUCUCCGGCGUAAGCAACAACAAUAACAAUACGGCGGUUGUGGCGGAGAGGAAAGCAAGACCGCAAGAGAAACUAAAUUGUCCAAGAUGUAACUCAACCAACACAAAGUUUUGUUACUACAACAACUAUAGUCUCACACAACCAAGAUACUUCUGCAAAGGUUGUCGAAGGUAUUGGACCGAAGGUGGAUCUCUUAGGAAUGUUCCUGUGGGAGGAAGCUCAAGAAAGAACAAGAGAUCAUCUUCAUCAAACAUCCUUCAGACGACACCAUCUUCACUUGGUUUGACCACAACACUUCCAGAUCUAAACCCACCAAUACUCUUCUCAAACCAAAUCCAUAAUAAAUCGAAAGGGUCAUCACAAGAUCUCAACUUGUUGUCUUUCCCGGUCAUGCAAGAUCAACAUCAUCAUCAUGUCCAUAUGUCUCAGUUUCUUCAGAUGCCGAAGAUGGAGGGAAAUGGUAACCUAACUCAUCAGCAGCAGCCUUCAUCAUCUUCUUCUCUCUAUGGUUCCUCGUCGUCUCCUGUUUCAGCUCUUGAACUUUUAAGAACCGGAGUUAAUGUUUCUGCGAGAUCAGGGAUUAACUCAUUCAUGCCUUCCGGUUCAAUGAUGGAUUCAAACAAUGUGCUUUACACUUCUUCAGGGUUUCCAACAAUGGUGGAUUACAAGCCAAGUAAUCUCUCCUUCUCUACCGAUCAUCAAGGGCUUGGACACAACAGCAACAAUAGGUCUGAAGCUCUUCAUAAUGAUCAUCACCAACAAGGUAGAGUUUUGUUUCCAUUUGGGGAUCAAAUGAAGGAGCUUUCAUCAAGCAUAACACAAGAAGUUGAUCAUGAUGAUAAUCAACAACAAAAGAGUCAUGGAAAUAAUAAUAAUAAUAACUCAAGCCCUAAUAAUGGAUAUUGGACUGGGAUGUUCAGUACUACAGGAGGAGGAUCUUCAUGGUGAAGCAAAAUGAUCAAAAGGAGAUUAUGAAAUUAGCUUUCUAAUUCUCUUUCAUGAUCUUUUUGCCUCACAUGGGUUACUUUAGUUAAAGUUGUCAGAACUUAGCUAACACAACAUAGUCUUUUUAUUCUCCUUUCUUUUUGGGGUUUUUAUUUUAUUUUCGAAAUGUUUUAUAGUUUGGUUUGAUGGUAAUUUGGGUUGGUUUUUCAUUUUGGUUUGUUGAUUAAUUAGUAUAUAAAUCACGGCGUUAUGUAUGGGUAGAAGAAUAUGUGAAUACGAAUGUCGCGAGUGUUACAUAUAUGUAAUGUAACUAUGUAUUCAUCGCUUCUUCUAUCUGUAUAAGUGUUUUCGUAACAGAUUUAUUCAUAUC